GCAGUUGUGAGGGGGUUCUAGGAAGAUGGUGGUGAUUAAAGAAUUCCGUGUGGUUUUGCCACGUUCUGUUCCGGAGUAUCAGGUUGGACAGCUUUACUCUGUCACAGAGGCUAGUAAGAAUGAGACUGGCGGUGGUAAAGGAAUUGAAGUCUUAAAGAAAGAAACUUAUGAGAAGGAUGGAGAAAAGGGCCAAUUUACACACAAAAUUUAUCACCUAAAGAGCAAAGUUCCUACAUUCGUGAGGAUGAUCGCUACCAAAGGCUCCUUGGUAUUUCAUGAGAAAGCCUGGAAUUCAUAUCCCUACUGUAGGGCAAUUGUAAUGAAUGAAUAUAUGAAAGAUGACUUCUUCAUUAAAAUUGAAACAUACCACAAGCCAGACUUGGGAACACUAGAAAAUGUUCAGGAUUUGGAUCCAAACACAUGGAAAACUGUUGAAGUUGUCCAUGUAGAUAUUGGAGGUCAAAGUCAAGUUGAACCUGGAGACUACAGAGCUAAUGAAGACCCAGCAUUAUUCCAGUCAGUCAAGACCAAGAGAGGCCCUUGGGGACCCAACUGGAAGAAGGAGCUGGCCAACAACCCUGACUGUCCUCAAAUGUGUGCCUAUAAGCUGGUGACCAUCAAAUUCAAGUGGUGGGGGCUGCAAAACAAAGUAGAAAACUUCAUCCAGAAGCAAGAAAAAAGGAUAUUUACAAACUUCCAUCACCAGCUUUUUUGUUGGACUGACAAGUAGACUGAU